CCCUUUCGUAUGGAUGAUUUCUCAGCAGACGCGUAGUUAAGUCUUUUCCUGUGUGCACGUGUCGGGGCUAGAAAUCACAGUGGCAUGUCGACCGCUACAAAGAAAUUUGUUGAAGGCAAAAAGCCAAUGGUACCGGAGACUCUUCUCAAGCAGAGAAAGCACAAUGCCGAGCUGAGACAACAGAGGCUUCUAGCAGCUGCCGCCAAAAAGAAAGCUGCCCGUGCACGUCGUGUGUUGGCUUUCCGACGUGCCGAACAAUACGUGCGCGAAUAUCGUCGUAUUGAAACAUCAGAGAAAAACAACCGUUUGGUGGCCAAAGUUAACGGGAACUUCUUCGUUCCUGAUGAGCCGAAGGUCGCCAUUGUGAUCCGUAUCCGCGGUAUCACCGGCGUUUCGCCCAAGCCGAGAAAGGUCAUGCAGUUGUUCCGCUUACGACAAAUCAACAACGCGAUGUUCGUGCGGCUGAACAAGGCCACCAUCAACAUGCUUCGCUUAGCUGAGCCCUACCUUGCCUGGGGUUACCCUAACCUCAAGACCGUGCGCGACUUGAUAUAUAAACGCGGCUUUGGACGCGUCAAUGGUCGCCGGGUACCGCUUAUUGAUAAUUCCAUUAUUGAGGAGAAGUUGGGCAAGUAUGGUAUUAUCUGUAUGGAAGACCUCGUUCAUGAGAUCUACACGGUUGGACCUAACUUUAAACAGGUUGUCAACUUCCUGUGGCAUUUCAAACUCAACAACCCCAAGGGUGGAUGGCGAAAGAAGACCACCCACUUCGUCGAGGGUGGGGACUAUGGUAAUCGCGAGACGCUUAUUAACUCGCUACUGCGCAAGAUGAUUUAGGCAUUGGUUGUCUAUCGACCACGCGGUAAUCACGGCUCGACUUCGUUCAAUCGUCACGCGAAAACAUCAGGCGUACUGACGUUGCGGCUGUCAGUAAUAAAAAAAUAUACCGAAAACACAA